AUGUCGCCCUCACUAAAUUCUCCUGUUCCAACAUUGACUACCCAGCCUUCCAUAUACUCGCCACAGCCUGUCUACCACCCCAACGUCCGGUCACCUUCUCUGCAUUCUCAGAAUCUGAGCGACUUUGGAUCUCCUAGCAAGGUUCCUUCGCUUGUUGGAUCAUCCAUUACUCGCGAUCCUUCUUCGGUGGCUAGCAACUCGACGACUGGAUAUCUGCCCACUCCUACUGACGAUGUGAUGCAUAUGCCUCCGUCACUUGCAAGGGACGAAACAACUCUCAUAUCUUAUUAUAGAAAUCAGGCCUUUCCUGAACACUUUAGGAAUGGGAAAACCGGAAAGAGUAACACCACCCGUGGAUUGGGUGGCUCACGAACGCGCCAGGGGUCGCUUUCUAUACGUAGAGGUUCCCCUAGUCGUACCCGUCCGGAAUCAGAUAAAGUAUCAGCCUCUGGGAAGAGUGUGUCUACUGUGGAGGGAACAAGUCCGACUCGAGAUCCAGCACCUCCCAUGCCCCCGAGAAUGGAGCGACAGCAGGGAACUAGGGAACUGAUAUCUCGUUACGAGAUUCUUGACUCGAUUGCCCAUACCCCUCCUGCUACUUCUCAUCAAUCGCAAGGAUCGACGAUGCAACGACCCCGUUCUACAUCCCAAUUGUCUCGCAGGGAUUUUUCGUUGCCCCCCGUUCCGCCAGCUAACCCAUCGCCCACUCGCAGCCAAGGCGAAGCUAACGUAGAUCGACGGCACGCACCUCAUUCGCACCGUUUUCCCGAAAGCUCUUCUUAUUUUUCAACCUUCGCCCAGAAAGGAGGUAAACUGCGCAACUCUUUCACGAAUCUUGUUCAACUCUUGGGGGACAAAGCCAAAUCUGGCUCCAGGAAACGGAAUUCGGUCUCGCCUUCAGUAUCACCCGGUCGCAUGCUAAAUGCGCUUCCCAAAGGAUUCAAACUCCGACUGAGUAAGCGUGCAAGUGCGGGAUCGAGUCCGUCAAGUUCUCCAGGAAAAGACGGGGGCGGAAGCAAGACAUCGGACCUGUUACCGAAUAUCAACGAGCUGUUGAAUACAGAGCCUAUCAUCUCCGCGCUCCUUCUUUAUCAAUCCCCUGCUCGCCAAGUUCACCCGAGCAUUCCGGAUCAGAAGACCCCACUUUGGAUGCCAUAUACCGUUUCGCUGUAUCCCACUACCAUCAUUCUGCAGGUCCCAAAUCCUGGCCUCUCAAGUUCCAGCAAGUUCCAAAUCCCUCUCUCCGAGCUUUAUGAUGCACAUUCGGUACUGGCGAAGGAUUUACUCCCCGGAUUGAUUCCAUCUCUUGGAUCAAUAUGUCUUCCUCCCGCAUUCGGGGAUGAAAUAUAUGCCUUUGAGGCCUUGUGUUAUGGUGGUCGGAUCGAGCGGUUUGCUGCUCCCACUAUGGCCUCGCGUGCUGCAUGGGUUCGGCAUCUAAUUGAUAUCCUUACCGGCUAUGGCCCGAGUUUGAAAAACAAGGCUGGUAAGUUAGACGGAGUUCAGGGAGGCGAAGCCUUAGUGUCUGGAACUACGCCGAUGCGCUCCCUUACUUGUGUUCAAGGCCUGCCAUCAGUAUCUAGCAUUGUGCCCGUAUCAUCAUCCCCGGGGUCGACCCCAGGGAUGAUCACAUUGGUUGGAGAUAACGCUGAUUCCACCAAGUCUGUUAUAUUCACCUCCAAUCCAAAGUCUUCCGUUGAGGGGUUUCCAAAAACACACACGAGGUCAUCAACCCCAAUAACCCCCUCUGGUCGAGCUCUCAGUUCUAGACUCGAUGCUGUAGGGGAUACCCCUCAGACCGCAUCUGUGUUCCCUAACCCAUGGGAGCCCCCAGCAACGCCCACUCGUCGGGCUACAUCUGGGAUGACUCAAAGAGGUUCCUCACUCCUGAUGUCACCCCGAAGCGACCGAAGCAGAAUAACUGCAAGUCCCUCGAUUUGCCGACUGGAUGAACGGAAUUUGGUCAGGGACAGAUUGGCUAUGUUCGAACACUACACUAGUCCGAGCCCAAGCGCAAGAGGUUCGAUUAGCAGUAGAAGAGGAAAGGAAGGAACUGUCAACUGGGAAGUGUUAUCUGAGGUAAGGAAUGGCCGGAGUGGAACCGUACUCAACCGGGCGGCGAGCAACCUCCGGGAUCCGAGCGCAAGGCCAUCGCCCGCUGUGGGACAAGAGACUCCGAUGUCUUCUAUGAGGAUCCAUAGAGAUGAUAGGUCAUCUUUCGGGCAUGGACGGCCGGCCUUGGAGCUAAAACCGCGUGUCAGCCCGGUCAUUCCCAGCGACUCAAGUGUGAAAUCUAAUAGGUCGACCUUCAUGCACAACGACGUUCCCCGUUUCUCUUUCUUGACAGAUAGAAAUAUGGAAUCGAACAGUAAACCCAUCCAGAUACUGGGAAACCUGCGCCCUUCGAAACGAGUUGAAACCACCCAGCUUCAGCUAUCUCCGAGUUCUAUGAUAAUUACACAGGACUCCUCUUUAAAACCAAUCAUGGAUCGCCUCGACACUCUCCUAUCUGCUUUGCGCGAGAGUGAUGCUGCACAAUCAACCAAGGCGUCUGGGCUGGGGCAACUCAUCAUCAGUACACAGGAUUAUAUCGUUCGAAAUAUAGAGGACGAUACGAAGAAGACUUCCGCGGAGUAUCUUACGUUGCUUAAACACACCGAGAGCCUGGGAAGAAUGAUCGAAUCAUUGAUAGCCAGACCCGCACUGGGUUAUGAAGAGCGGGAGAAUUUGAUUAUCGUCAGAGAAGCUAUUGAACGAAUUGAACAAGAUUUCUUCACAAGGGUGGAAAUGAUUUCUAGUGCCCGAGAGAAGGAAUUUGGUGAAGAUAUGAAGGCGUUUGUUAGCGGACAGAGCGAUGGCUUGAGACAGACGAUCCAGGACCUGGUCGCGAAAUUAGAUCAUGGAUCGAAACAAAACGAAGUCUUGGCUAAACUUGAUACACUCACUCUGGCGGCAACCUCAACUUGUAAUUCAGCCGCUAGAGACGUAGAUUAUUAG